CAUAUAAGCGCAGCAUCAGUAGAUAACGUAGUACCAACUGAGGACACUGCGCUGCCUAUAACAUCGUUAAACGGUUUUACAAUACCACUUAAUGCCCGUUUAAGUUGCUGGCGCCAAAGAUUCGCUGUUGAUACAAAUGAAGAUUUAGCACUGAUUGAACACCCAUUUCCAGCUCAAUUCGGUCACGCGUUACAAUUUCUAAAUCAAAUAUUUUGUAUGAGUGAUAUUAUCGUUCAAUCAUUUUAA